AUCUGCUCUGAGUCACUGCUAUGACUCACGCUGACAGCGUUCACGUUUGCUAGCGUGCAGAUGGAGCAGCUCUGGCACCGGGAGAGGCAGGUUGCAUUAUUGAUUACCUGCUGCAGCAGACGCUUGCGCCAAGGCUUUUUUUUAUGAGCGCAGACGAAACGCAGCGGGCUCUACUGAACACGGCCAUCGUUACUGCUUGCUUAAAGAUGUGGACUUAACCAAUGUUAUGACAUGCAAAAUCCCUCCGCACAUGAGGAAAAGAGCCCUCUUCACGGUAAUGUUAGAGGAAUAGCACUUGGAGACAACCUGCUGCACUCUGCUGCUCCAUAAGACAAACACCAGUAAAGCAAAGCAGCAAGAAAAGAAGGGUUCUUCAUGAAAAAAUGACAGCAAGAGAACACAGUCCCCGCCAUGGUGCAAAGUCCCGCACCGUGCAACGGGCCUCCACCAUUGAUGUCACCUCAGACAUGGUAGGCCUCUCUCUAGCAGGAAAUAUUCAGGAUCCAGAUGAGCCGAUAUUAGAGUUCAGUUUAGCUUGCAGUGAGCUGCUAACUCCAUCACUAGACCGAAAACCAAAUAGUUUUGUAGCAGUGAGUGUAACUACACCUCCUCAGGCAUUCUGGACGAAGCAUGCACAGACAGAAAUUAUUGAGGGAACAAGUAAUCCUAUAUUUCUAAGCAGCAUUGCCUUUUUCCAAGACUCUCUUAUCAAUCAAAUGACACAAAUCAAACUCUCCGUGUAUGACGUCAAAGAUAGAUCUCAGGGAACAAUGUAUCUGUUGGGUUCUGGGAUGUUCACUGUAAAAGAGCUUCUUCAGGAGAAGAAUCACAGGUUGCACUUAACACUAAGGUCCACCUCCAAAAAAAUUUCAACGCAGAGUGUUUGUUGCAGGUCUGCUGAAAGUGACCGCGUAGGUAACAUUACAGUUAUUGGAUGGCAAAUGGAGGAAAAAACUGACCAAAGGCCUCCAGUGACAAGGUCACCUGAUACAAUUAAUGGAAGGACUGUGUUACCAGUUGACGAAAGUUUAACAGAAUCUUUAGGAAUCAGAUCCAAAUAUGCUUCAUUACGGAAAGAUGCACUACUGAAAUCUGUGUUUGGUGGCGCCAUUUGCCGGAUGUAUCGCUUCCCCACCACCGAUGGAAACCACCUGAGAAUCUUGGAGCAAAUGGCUGAGAGCGUGCUGUCGCUGCACAUACCCAGGCAGUUCGUGAAGCUUCUUCUAGAAGAGGAUGCAGCAAGGGUCUGUGAACUAGAAGAACUGGGAGAACUGUCUCCAUGUUGGGAAAGCCUUCGUCGACAGAUAGUAACUCAGUACCAAACGAUUAUUUUAACUUAUCAGGAAAAUUUAACUGACCUGCAUCAGUAUAAAGGUCCUUCAUUUAAAGCCAGUAGCUUGAAAGCUGAUAAAAAAUUGGAAUUUGUUCCCACGAAUUUACAUAUACAGAGAAUGAGAGUCCAGGAUGAUGGAGGAUCAGAUCAGAACUACGACAUAGUCACCAUAGGAGCACCAGCAGCUCACUGUCAAGGCUUCAAAUCAGGUGGCCUGCGGAAAAAGCUUCAUAAAUUUGAAGAGGCAAAGAAACACAGUUAUGAGGAGUGUUGCACUUCAACAAGUUCCCAGUCUAUAAUAUACAUCCCACAGGACAUUGUUAGAGCAAAGGAAAUUAUUGCACAAAUCAACACCCUGAAAACUCAAGUCAGCUACUAUGCAGAAAGGCUCUCAAGAGCUGCCAAGGACAGAUCAGCUAAUGGCCUUGAAAGAACACUUGCCAUCCUGGCAGAUAAGACGCGGCAACUCGUCACAGUCUGUGACUGCAAAUUGUUGGCAAAUUCAAUACAUGGACUGAAUGCUGCAAGGCCAGAUUAUAUAGCUUCAAAGGCAUCCCCAACCUCUGGAGAAGGGGAACAAGUGAUGCUGAGGAAUGAUCAAGAUACACUUGUGGCCAGAUGGACAGGAAGAAAUAGCCGAUCUUCUCUGCAGGUGGAUUGGCAUGAAGAGGAAUGGGAGAAAGUUUGGUUGAAUGUUGACAAAAGUCUGGAGUGUAUUAUACAGAGAGUGGACAAACUUCUCCAGAAAGAGCGCUUGCAAAGUGACAGCUGUGAAGAUGUUUUCCAGUGCGACAUCAGCUGUACUAGUAAGAAAGGUAAUCGUGACACUCGUGCCUACUGGAUAAAUCCAGAAGAUUUAAAUGAGAGCUCAUCAUCCUCACCACCACCAUCAUCAUCCUCACCACCACCAUCAUCAUCCUCACCACCACCAUCAUCCACACCAUCCUGUGCAUGCCAUUCUCUCACAAAGACAAAUUGCAGCCCCGCUCCGGAAGAAUCUGGCCCAGGUGAAUGGAGCGAAGCUCUUUAUCCCUUGCUGACAACACUCACAGACUGCGUGGCCAUGAUGAGUGACAAGGCAAAGAAAGCCAUGGUCUUUUUAUUAAUGCAGGACAGUGCUCCAACAAUAGGGCUCUGCCUGAGUCUUCAGUAUCGCAGGGAUGUUGUCUUCUGCCAAACUCUGACAGCUCUCAUUUGUGGAUUCAUUAUCAAGCUGAGGAACUGUCUGCAUGAUGAUGGAUUUCUAAGACAACUCUACACCAUUGGCUUGCUGGCGCAGUUUGAGAGCCUGCUGAGCACUUAUGGUGAGGAGCUGGCAAUGCUGGAGGACAUGAGUUUGGGAAUCAUGGACUUGAGGAAUGUAACCUUUAAAGUAACUCAGGCAACAUCAAGUACAUCUACUGACAUGCUGCCAGUCAUCACUGGAAAUCGUGAUGGAUUUAACGUGAGGAUCCCUUUGCCAAGCGCCUUGUUUGAUUUACUGCCGCGAGAGAUUCAAAGUGGCAUGUUACUGAGGGUUCAGCCUGUUCUUUUCAACGUGGGGAUCAAUGAGCAGCAAACCCUAGCAGAGAAGUUUGGAGACACCUCACUGCAAGAAGUAAUUAACAUGGAAAGCUUAGUGCGGUUGAAUUCGUAUUUUGAGCAGUUCAAGGAAGUUUUGCCUGAUGAUUGUCUACCUCGAUCUCGUAGUCAGACGUGCCUGCCUGAACUGUUAAGAUUUCUGGGACAAAAUGUACAUGCAAGGAAAAAUAAGAAUGUUGAUAUCCUUUGGCAAGCUGCUGAGAUAUGCCGCAGACUAAAUGGUGUUCGGUUUACAAGCUGUAAAAGUGCCAAGGAUAGGACUGCCAUGUCGGUCACCCUGGAGCAGUGUCUGAUCCUACAGCAUGAACAUGGAAUGGCCCCACAGGUCUUCACCCAGGCUCUGGAGUGUAUGAGGAGCAUUGGAACACGGGAGGUAGUCACCCAGAAGAACUUGAGUGGCUUGGUGCCCAUCCGAGAUUUCAGACUAGAUCCCAGCCUCCUCUACUCUAUUCCUUUACUAGCUCUCAGCCCCAAUUUACUGAUUGUGUGGCUGUUCCUGAGCAUAGCAUACCUGGUGGCCAGAUUACGUUGCAAGUGAAGAUAAGGUUAAAAUAAAAACAAAAACAAAACAACAACAAAAAAAAAUACCGCUUGAAUGUGUAUUGCCACUUGGUACCUGCUGGACAAAGGAAUGUGUCAUAGCAUUGUCUGCCAAGAAUUAUUAUUAUGCCUUACAAUUUUACGUUUCUAUUGUACUAAACUGUAAAUAUACAUCAAAUUAUUUUAUCAAAAAGAAUUGUAUUGAAACUUUAAAUUAUUGUUCUGCUUUCAGUGCUUGUAACAUAGUCUGACAUUUGGCCUGUUACCUCGUUACUUUAGCCGGCCUGAAGAUCUCUUACCAAAUAUAGUUUUGUGUUAUUUGUUUCAUGUAUUCCAGAGAAAGGAACUCUGAAAAAAAAAUAUUUGUAUCUUUUGUAUAUCAAAGGUGUAUGCUAAUCUUGCCUUUCAUUUUUACGAGGUACGAAGAGAAAAAUAAAAAUAUGGGUGGGGUUUAUAAGAAAUUAUAAGACAUUUAUUUAAAGAAAUAAACAAAUUUCUACCUUCAUUUCAAAGCAUAAUAGCCAAAUUACAUUAUUAUUAUACAGUUUGUAGAACCAUAGUCUUGUUCCUUUCUCAUGGUUAAGUAUGUGCCAGUAGACUAGUGUACCCACUCCAAAUGCAACUUGCGGUGCGCUGCAUGCAGAAUUACUCCAUUAUAUUUGUAGAUCUGCGUUUUGUAAUGUAUUAAAGACACAAUGACUUGUGGUUAGGGAGAGUAUGUAAUCGGCAGAGCCUGCUAAUGAUCCAUUAUCAGUUUCAGGUGCUUUGUUGUAUAACUCACUCUGGAACAGGGUCAUUGUCAUCCUGCUGAAGUUAGUCUUCAGUAUUUCAGGCGAGAAAAUGAAGCUAUUAAUUAGCUCCUGCAUUUAGGUGGGUUCUAGGUUUUCCAUCGGGCUUUGUGUUAAUGACACUAGGCUGGAAUAUUAUUGUUAUUUUCACUGUUAAGUGUUGGACAGCUUUAAUAAAUUAUGAUGUUGAUAGGCGGUGACUUAGAGAUAAAUGAAUUAUGGUAAGUUCACAGUUUAUGUAAGUGGUGAUACUAAAGAAACUUACCCAGCUUAGUCAUGCAGAACGAUGGUAGAAGAAAUUUGAUCACCAUUUAUAUCUAACACCAACGUGGCAGAUGCCUGUUUAAAUUGAAGGGUUUUGUUGAUGUAGUGGUCUGGAAGAGCUUGUCAAUAGCAAUAGUUCAUCAAAAAUCUAACCUCAUUUAACAUAGUUUGCUAAUUUCAUAAAGGGAUUUACUUUGCUUGGUGCCUGAGACGACAGAAAAUUGGGCUUGAUGACUUGAGAAGAACUCUUGUAGUACUGUGAUUUCUGAUUUCUACUAUUACUGACUCGCUCAGAAAACAUAGAUAGCUGCAGCUUGUAUUAUUAAUGUUAAUAAACUUUGAAAGCUCCUGAAAGAGGCAAGCUUUAAAAAAAAUAAGAAAUAAGAUAAAAUCAAUUCCUGAAUUUGGUAAAUAUUCUGAGUAAUUAAAGUACAUAUUUACAUUUGUGUCUUCAUGAAAUAAGACUGUACAGUACACUAUCUCCUGGUAUUUUUCUCACUAUUCUUCAAAUGCUGUUUUUAAAAUAGGAGAAAAAAAGGCCACAAAGACAUCUAUAUAUUUCCUAUUUAUUUUUAAUUUUAAUGAACUUAGGCAAACCUUAUUGCUGAUGAGAUUUCAAAUAAUAAUCUGGUGGUGACGGUCAUUUCCACAUCCUGUGCUGCUACCCAGUACCACCGCAUCUCUGUACAAAUUAUUUCUUCUUUCUCAUGAAGGCUGGUUCAUUUGCUAUGUGUACCAAAAUCUAUUUUUUUCGCACAGUGAAGGAAUGUCAGGUUGCACUAUAGCCUUGUUGUAGCAAUGCAUUGAAUGUCCUGGGUUCAGUCUAACAAGAUGUGAAAGUAACUGGAGCAUCUCCACUGAACUCCCUGGUACAAUUAAUCUGUUUUAAAUAAAGUAUGAAGCUUUGCUCAGUGACUGUCAUUAGGCAAGGUUAGGCCUGAAGGACCACCCUGAAAUGAAUUUAGAAAGAAAGCCUCAACCCUUUGUAAACAACGUGUUGGGAAAGGGGGUUCCUAAACUUCAAUAGGGGCAAAUUUUUGGCUUUCCUUUUAGCUCGGUUUGUGCUUUCACUCAGGGUUUCAGAUUUAAAAUGCUGCAGUGUGCAGACUGCCCACAGUGCCUCUGGCAGAACCGUGGCACAUGAAAUAGGUGUAAAACACGUCUUUGUGUCUGAACGUGGUCAAUAACCAGAUGCAGUGGAACGGGUAAUGAACAGGACGAUCCACCUCCGACUGAAAAUGCUCAGUCAGCAUCCUGUUGUGUUUUAUUUAAGCUUGGUGGUUUCAUUAAGCUUGAUGGUUUCAUUACUACACUGAAACAUAUUUUCUGCCAAUUCUUGAUUAAUCUGUUUGUCUGCAACAGCUGGGGAGGGUGUCUGUAAAACACAAAACAACAUCAUAGAGACAGUGUCAUAAGGUACAGUCCAUUCUAUAAAAGACCAUCACAGAAUACACCGUAGAGACAAAUUUCAGGACAUAACUGCUUCUUGGAAUGAAAAAUGAUGGUGCCAAUGCUUUAUGAAGCUAGGUGGUACAUAUGUGACAGAGCUACAGUCGGUUUAAUUAACCAAAAUCAGACGAACAAUGAGCUCAGGAAGAGCAGAGAGCUUGCAGACCGAAGCAGGAUCCAAACCCUUCUUUUAAAAGAGAUGACUGCCAUGUACCUGAUACCUGCUGCAGCCACCUCCAAGACAGGAGUAACAGGAGAUUUCCACCAUAAGAUCGUGUACUGUACACUUGCUCAUGAGCCUUUACUAUUAAAUGGUUGUUUAGGUUCCAGUUCUCUAUCAGGGAAAGACGUUCUCAUGCAAGCCUAAUUUGAUUUAUAAUGUAUAUUUAAAACAGUGCUUCCUCUUUGUAUGUCUGUUUUGGGUAUAAUCAAAGGAACUUUGAUGUAGAUUUACAAUUGUAAAGAAGCCUUAUAACUGGAAUAGUUUUUUUAUCGUAGCACAGGACCUCUUUGUAAUGUGGGGCAGUUGCACCAAAACCUUGGGUAGAAGUUAAGCUCUACGUUCUGCACAGCUUUGUUUCAUUGGGGUGAUGGCUGCCAAUGCAGCCAAUCUCUUUUGCACCCACACAAAGCUGCUAUUUCAUGAUUAAGAUUUUUUUUUUUUUUAAGUAUGUUGGUUUUCAAGUCAAUUUAUGCAUGCAGAGAUAACUGGAAAGCCAUUAUUUUUGUAUCAGCUUUAAUCUUUAAGUAAGUUCUGAUAACAGCGACAUGCAGGGAACAAGAGAAUUACUCUACAGCUCCUUUGGAGAGAUCAGCAAUUUUCCUUUUUCAGCCUAAUGUACUAAUAAAUUAGCAGAACUGCUUUUAAGCAAUCUUUUGGGAUCCCUUGUGCGAUGAAGCGGCAUGUGAACUCCACAACAGUAUACCUGGAAAUACAUGAAACCUCCCUAAAAGAACUCUUUCGGUAGACGCACUGCUGCUUUUUAGAAAUGCAAAACUAGCAACCAGACAUAGCAUGUGUCCAUUCUGUGUGCUUCUUACUAGCAUUGUAUGAUGAGUCAUCAUUUUUAAUAUUUGCAGUGGCAAAUUAAUUAAGCGCUCAUUAAAUUUAACCAACUUUUUUUUUUAAUGCUGUAAAAUAACCAGUUCAUUUCAUCUUAGUUUAAGUCUUUUUUUUUUUUUCUUUUUCCUUUUUACUGCUGUCAUUUUUUUGUGCU